AUGAGCACGAUGUCGGCCAACCCGUUCGGGGCGCUCGACGAAGACGGCCCGCGCGCGCCCGCUGCCAAGCCGGCGGCGGCGGCGGCGGCGGCGACCAAGGCGCCCACGAGCGCGCCCAAGGCUUCCGCGCCAAAAACGAACAAGCAAAAGGCACCGAAGGCUGUUCGCGAAUUCGAAGGCGAAGUCGUCGGCGCCGAAGGCGGAAAGGCUUUCCACGCCAAGGGCGGUCGAGGCGAUCAUAAAGGUCACUCCCGCUCCACUCGACGCCCCGGUCGUGGCGAAGGUGGCGAAGGCCGCCAACGCUCUCGACGCGACUUCGACCGCCGCGAUGCCUCCGGCCGCGGCCACGAUGGCCACCGCGGUGGCGCCGGCAAGGGCAACUGGGGCAAGGCGGGCGAAGAACUCGCCGAGCUUGACGGUGCCGCGGCCGUCGACUCCGAAACGGAACCCGUUGAAGUCGAGGAGGAUACGUCCGUGCUCACCCUCGCUCAAGCCGAAGCUCUCAAGGCCGAAAAGCGCGCCGCGCUCGCGGCCCAAUGGAAGAAGCCCGAGGCGAAGGUUCUCGAUGGCUCAGCCCUCGCUGGCAUGAAACUCGUCGGUGAAGGCGAAGACGACGACAACCUCGACUUUGGCGGCGUCGGCAUCAAGGGCAAGCGUGAACGCAGCAAGACCAACACCAAGCAACAAGUUGCCGUCGGUUUCCGCGUUGCUCCGUCGCAACCUGCCGAGCGAGAUGACCGUGAUGAUCGCCGUGGCGGCGGCCGAGGCGGCCGAGGCGGCCGAGGCGGCCGAGGCGGCCGCGACACCGGCCGCGGUGGCCGCGACUCCGGCCGCGGUGGCCGCGGUGGCCGUGACUCUGGUCGCGGUGGCCGCGGCAGCGGUGGUGGCGGACGUGGUGCCAACAUCAAAAUCGAAGAUGCAUCCGCCUUCCCCACGCUCGGUGGCAAGUAA